AUGUCAUCGCCCGGCUCCUCCAGCGCCUCCCUCACGGACCUCAUCCGCGACGCGCUCGUCGAGGUCUAUAAUAGCUCACCCGCCGGCUGGCACGAGUUCGAGUGCGCCUCGCUCGACGCGCUCGCCAAGAUGAGCAACGAGAUUGCAAAGGCGGCAGCGGCGAUGGAAGAGGACGUCAACAUGCCGGACGCCGACGCCGACGGCGACGGUGACGGCGAUGUUGAGAGCCGCGACGACGAUGUUGAGAGCCGCGACGACGACGAUGAUGAUGAUGAUGAUGAUGAUGAUGACGGUGACGAUGAGGACAGCGGCGGCGGCAGCGGCAGCGGCAGCACACCUGGCCCUAGCGGCUCUGGAGGCUCCGGUCAGCGAGGCAAAGGCGGUGGACGCGGUGGACGCGUCUUUCACUGCCCUUUCGCCGGCUGCGGAAAGUCGUACACGGUUGCAUGGACGCGCACUCGGCACAUCAAGGAAAAGCACCCCGAUCAACCGGUGCCGCCCUUCAACGACCCAUGA